UCCAGAAGUCAUCUUGUUGUCCGGAGUUUUCACCAAUAAAGUUAAUCUGAAGAACCGUUUCCUCGGUGUGGCAGCCUCUACAGACCCUGUUGGUAUCAUCGAGAGACGACUCAGGCAUCCCUGCACUGGAAAACAUUUAGUCGAUUAACAUGUCCUCUGAGGGUGCAGUGGCAGCAGCUGGACCCAGGUUACAUCGUCUCUUCCCCUGGUUUGACACUCAAAGUGCUGCGGUGGUGACCAUCUUGUUGGGGCUGUUCCAGAUUCUGUUAUGUGUCCCGCUGGCUUACGUUGAGCAAACUUUGCCAAAGCUCUUUGUGGCGCCACUCAUCUUUGGAAUUCUAAUCGUAGCAGCAGGAUCCAUUACCUUUGCCAAUGAAAGGAACUCCAACAAACUACUGCUUCAAGGUUGUGCAUACAGUAAUGCAGUUUGCCUGCUGGGGACACUGCUUUCUUUCUGCCUCUACUGCUACUGCCUCAGCACUAUCGGAACACCGAUUUGUGAGCCCAAACCCACGCCCAGUUAUCAUUACUAUGACUACAGAGGUCAAUCUUCUGGGUGUCCUGAAGAAUUUGUGAUGGCCUAUUCCAAGUCUCUGAAAAUACUGCUGCUGCUCUACAGUCUUGGAGCCCUGGUCGUGCAAUCCAUCCUGUCUGUCUCUGCUUUCAAAACUCUCAAAACAGAGUGAUACACAAACACGUGUGCCAUACAUGUUGAAAUCCUCAAUAUUAGCAGUAGAAUUGAAAACCACUCAUGUAAUUCCCCUCACAAAAUUUUAAAAGUGUCGAUUGUGUAGAUUUCUGUUUUAGUGGUUUGGUGUCUCUUGAUGAGGUUUCAUGAUACAGAUCAGACUAUUUAAACCAAAAUGUCUCCUGACAUCUCAGAGUCUGUUCGCACCUGGUAGUGACGUGUCCUGGGUGAUCCGAUCACUAGUGGACAGUUUUAGAGGCUCGUUUAUGCUCAACAUUAGAUAUAGAGGUGGUGGACAGCCUUCUGUUCGUGCUCUGCAUUCUUUUUGUCCAUAUUUGUGCACAUUUUCUAAAGGCUUACGGAUACGGACGAAACAGAUCAGUACCAUUGGAGAUUAUGGAGGCAGUGUAGCGUAGUUAAAGCAAGAUAUGACCAUAGCAGACGACAUACAUGACAUCCCAGCUCUCACCUAUGGUCAUGAGCUUUGGGUAAUGACCGAACAAAUGAGAUCACAGAUACAAGCAGCCAAAACAAGUUUCCCCAGAAGGGUGGCUGGGCUCAGCCUUAGAGAUAGG